CUGAUCCCACGUGUGACGCUUUCAUUCCCGGCUCAGUAAUAUUCUCAUAGCGGGGCUUUGCAUAUCUCCUGCCCUAUCUGUGUGUGUCUGUCACUGUUACUGUAGUCCCAGCCUCUAUAGUUUGGAAUAGAUAUGGAAGGAGACGGGAGUCAAGCCACGUCCGGAAGCCUAAAUGAUUCACAACAUGAUCCGGGUAAAAUGUUUAUCGGUGGCCUCAGCUGGCAAACCUCACCAGACAGCCUUAGAGACUAUUUUAGUAAAUUCGGAGAAAUAAGAGAAUGUAUGGUGAUGAGAGACCCCACGACAAAACGUUCAAGAGGAUUUGGGUUUGUUACGUUUACAGAUGCUGCCAGUGUAGAUAAAGUCUUAGCUCAACAGCACCACGAAUUAGACUCAAAGACGAUUGAUCCUAAGGUUGCCUUUCCCCGUCGCGCCCAGCCUAAGAUGGUCACAAGAACAAAGAAAAUAUUUGUGGGUGGCUUGUCGGCCAACACGGUAGUGGAAGAUGUGAAGCAGUAUUUUGAACAGUUCGGGAAGGUUGACGACGCCAUGCUUAUGUUUGAUAAGACUACUAACAGACAUAGAGGAUUUGGUUUCAUAACUUUUGAGAGUGAAGACAUCGUAGAGAAAGUCUGUGAAAUUCAUUUUCAUGAAAUCAAUAACAAAAUGGUAGAAUGUAAGAAGGCCCAGCCCAAGGAGGUGAUGUUCCCACCAGGUACGCGAGGGCGAGCCCGGGGUCUGCCCUACACCAUGGAUGCCUUCAUGCUGGGGAUGGGCAUGCUGAGUUACCCUAACAUCGUGGCAACGUAUGGCCGCGGAUACACUGGAUUUGCACCCAGCUACAGCUACCAGUUCCCCGGCUUCCCAGCGACGGCAUACGGACCGGUGGCGGCGGCGGCGGUAGCAGCAGCGCGUGGCUCAGGUAGGGGGGCCCGUGGAAGAGGCGGCUACUUGGCGUACCCACAGAGCACAGGGCCAGGCCUCCCCGAUUAUGGGUUUUACUCUGCGCCCAGUGACCAGAGGGGGGGGCCCUGCUCCUUUGCUGACUAUGGCUCCCUGGGGCCCCAGGCGGCUCAGAUGCUGCACAGUGAGCAUGCCACCUCCGCCUGCAACUCCCCCCUACAGCACCUACACAGCCCGGAUCAGUUUAAGAACCCAGGCGCCAACCCGUCGAGGCCCGGCGGUUUCCCCGGCGCCAACAGUCCAGGGCCUGUGGCUGACCUGUACGGACCUAGCAACCAGGAUUCAGCCGUGGGGAACUACAUCAGUGCUGCUAGUCCUCAGCCCGGCUCUGGGUUUGGACCCAGCAUUACUGGCCCGUUGAUUGCGACAGCUUUUACAAACGGAUACCAUUGAACAGGUGGCCGGUUGCUAUCUCAUCAGAGCAGAGUAUAUCUGGUGGCCCGGGACAGACAGGACGGAGUUUCUAAUUGGCUUUGUGUGCAGGUGAUGAUUAUCCAACUUCAAGCACUACAGCGUCACCGAUGGCUAAAUGAGCGAAAAGCGGGAACCAUGUGAAGUAGAAGAGAAAAAAAAAACGUUUGUCAUCUCAGAAAAACAAACAACUGCUGUACUAUAACCCAAACCUCCUAUACCUUUACAACCUGGUUUGGUAUGAUGUUCCACGUCAACUUCACUCACCGAUUUCCUUCUUCCCGUAGCGUUUUGUUUUUGAUUACUUUCUAGCGUGUCACCUGAGUUCAACCUCGACUUUUUAUCUUCUUGUAGUUUGUAAGUGCAUUUUCUGAUUAUUUUUUUUGCUUUGUUUUGUUUUUAAAGUACGGCGGGUCAGAGCCAAGAAAAUCUGCAAAUCACGUCUUCAUCUUCGUAUUGGUUAGUGUAAUGGCAAAAAAAAAAAAUGAAACACAAAAGGUUGGGAUAGUUCCAUUCGGUCUUUCAGCAAAAAAAAAAAAAAAGCUCAGUAUGGUCGGGCUGGGAGGAGGAAAAAAAAGGAAAUUUUAAACAGAAGGUAUCUAAGUAAUAAAUUUUAGUAGCCGUUUUAUUUCUUGUGAUGUCUCAUUGUAAACCAUGAUUACCUAUUUUUGGGCAAUACAAAGAGGACUCCAAUAUUUUUAUGGUCCUUUUUUAUAAGUGUUGUUUCUGUUGUGUAGAAAUAUAAAUAUAUAUAAAUAUAUAUAUAUGCUAUAACAAAUUUCAUAUAACGACAUUGUGAAUUGAAACUUGAGAAAAAGAAAUGUAGCUGUACAUAUUAUUCCAGUCACUGCAUAUAACCAGCUCAGUGAGAGAAUAGCAUAUUUUUGUGAUGGUGUGUCAAAAGAGUACGUUCUAGCGUGUGAAUAGAAGAAAAAGCUGUAAACAAUAUUCUACGUUUUUUUUUUGUUCUCUUUUUCUUUUCUUUUUUCUUUUUUUUUUGUUUGUUUCUGCUGAGAGACGGUAUAACAAAGCCCACAAACAGCCGUGUAAAUACUGAAAGCGGAAUCGCAUUAAAAGUGUCAUACCAGCAAAUUUAUGACCGGUGAGUUUAGUCUAAAUGUCGUUUUAGAGAAAGAACAGCGAUUAUGAUUUAUAGAUCACUUAAAACUGGCAGAGACAAAGAGAGAGAGGGAGAGAGAGAGGAAAAGUAAAAGAUUUUUAUCCAAAGCAUACUGUACGAAGAUACGCGAUGGUUCGAACUUGAAGCGGGCAUUUCGCAGAGCUCUGCGCAUCCUGACGCUUUUCUACUGCUGAGAGGAACCUGUUAGCUUUGUAUGUGUUUAAUGUCCGUUUCAUCCUGCUUGUUCCUGAUUCACCUCAUGGAACAAAAUACCUGGGCUCUAUGCUCGAGCCUUUUUAUCUAUAUAUAUAUAUAAAAAUAUAAAUAUAUAUAUAUAUAUAUACUGCUUGUUCUUUGAAUCGGUUCUUUUUUGAAUGAAUUAGGACAGUAAACAUUUUGAUACCAUACCUCAGCCUUCGUGACUUCUACCGUGGAAUCAUCGGCGGGUUUUUAAUUUAUUCUAGUGGCGAAAAUGUAAAAAAAAAAAAAAAAAAACUGCAAAAGGAAACACUGAAAGGCUAUUUUACAGCGAGUAAUCGCUGCACUGUGAGUUGUGAAGUACAGGCCAUCCUCUUGUUUGCACAUGUGUAUGUUGGCUUUUUACAAACGGCCUUGUGCUUUGGGACAGCAUGAAGGAUUUACUGGUGGUCGGGUCGGGUCGGGUCGCUUUGGGUGGGGGCGGGGGGCUAACGUGUUCCCAACUGGACAAGCAGCUCGGGAUAUAAAAAACGGGCGUGUCGCAGCGUACACUUGGAUUUCUAUACUUUAGACCCACGUCUAACCUGAGGAUAUUUAAACAGGGUCAAAAGAUGACACUGAAUUAUUCACUAUCUGUAGCCGCACUCGGCUUUACACCGUAUCUAAGUGUGGUUAAAAAAAAGGUUUUAUUCUUGACAUCAAUUUAUUAUUAAAUAAUAGUAAUAAUAGUAAUGUUACAUGCCGGAGUGCAGUCUGGUUUUUAAAAUGUUAUCAAUGCCGUUGUUUUCUUUUUAUGCACUUGUUUCCUUUUUUUGUUCUUUUUCUUUCUUUUAAAACAACCAGGUAAUGAAUAUGCUGGAUACUUCUAAAGUAAAUGAUGUGGAGGUAUGAUCAAGUAAUAAUUUAAAGAAAAAAAAAACUUGUAAUGUUCAAAUGUAUAAGAAAAGAAGAAAUACAAAAGUAAAAAAAAAAGACAAAAAAAGAAAGACGCUUUGCUGAUUUCAAGUUUAAUCAGAGUUUUAUUGAUACUUUGUGGUUUCUAUAUUAAUAAUUGUAUUAUACUAUUAAAAAUGUACUGUGCAUCCAUUACGUUCUCUCUUUCCAUGCCACAUCCUCAGAGAUGCCGCUAUCUUUUGUUGCUCAUCCAUGUACUUCAUUAGUGUGUAAAGAAAUCACAGUUAACUUGUAAACAGAGUGCUGUCUUUGAUACCAGUGUAGUGCUUUGUUGUUCUCCCUCGCUCUACCUCUCCUUUCUCUCAUAUUUAGCCCCCUCCCUCCUCGCGCUCUUUUUCUAUCUCCUGUAAUUACAAAGUAGAUGUUAUAUAGGACUCAUUUAUAUAAUACUUGUAGUGAAUAGUGGAUUUAGAACCAGUCAAGAUAGAUCUUUCUCUCAAUGAUCAUGUUGUUCUGAUAUUUGUUCGUUGUAAUUUAUUCCCUGUACGUUUGUUUAGGUUUUGGGUUUGUUUUUUGUUUUUGUUUUUUUUUCCUUCAGUUUGGUUUAUUUUUUUUUUGCCACUCUAACAUGGUUUCAGCUAACCAAAGCUCUCACGGAUGAACAAUGGAGAAAUUGUUGCUGUAAGAUGGAACUGUACACAAGGCAUUAUUUGGAUCCCCACCCUUGAAUGUUUUAAAAGGGGUGUGCCAUACUACCUUAAAUGCUAAUGCUAGACAGAGCUUUUAUUUAAAUUUUUUUUUUCUUCUCUAGGAGGAACACGUAAAGCAAAUUAGAAAAAUGACUAGAAAUUAUUUUUUGUUUAGAAAAAUUCAACUCCAACAUCAGUCACACCAGAGGUUUGGUAAUACUCUCUGGUCUUUAAUUAUUCAAGUACGAAUCACUUUCUGGAAGCCAUUUAAAAAAAAAAAAAUUUCAAGCCGUUUCCAGAUGUCAUACUCUACAAAACAGCACAACACACUUCAUUAAAGAAGAAGACUUUAAAUAAAUAAUAGCUGCUGUUUGUUUGCCAACAUUAUUAAAUCUUUUAGUUUAGUGUAGAACCGACAUUUUAACUCACUGCUGGCUUUAAGAACAUUUUAUACCCUAAAUUUUGAUAAGAGGUGCUCUCAAUUCAGUCCACUUUAUCUUCCGGUGGCAUAAUUUUACUUCAUAAUUUCUAACAUCUUAUGGCGUAUAUUUGGGUCAUAUCACCUCACUUCAUACUCCUUGAACUUUUUCAUAUUUUGUCAUAUUAUAUCUACAAACUUUGAUGCAUUUCCUUGAAAAACACAUUUGUGAAGUUGAACCAAAUUGGUACAUGGCUUUCUUUUUUUCUUUUUUCUUUUCACAAAUUUAAAUCAGAAAAAGUGUGGCGUGUGUUUGCAUUCAUAUUGUAGAAUUUUCAAUUGGAUUUCAGUCUGGAUCAUCCGAUCACGUGGAAAUCUCAAGUAUUUUUGCAGUAGGUUUUCUUGCAUAACUACUCAGUUUUUAGCUUCUGGUGUCUUUUUUGGACACAAGUAGCCUCCCUGUCCAUGCUGAAGAAAAAACAUCCCAACAGCAUGAUCCUUCCACUACCAUGUUCUAAUGGGGGAAGUUGUGUUCAGGGUGAUUGUCUGCGUCAAAAAGUUACAUUGUUAUCUCAUGUUUGCUGUGUGCCUACGUGGCUUUUUGCAAACUGUAGUGCCUGAAUUGUUCACAAUCCUACUCUGGUUUGUGUUGGUCUGUUACACACAACCCCAGUAAAACACACAGAGAUUUGCUAUUUUAGCUUGGAAACAUGAAAACAUUCAAGGGGUAUGAAUACUUUCCCCAGGCGCCUUUCAGUAAUCUAUUCUGUUAGAUUACAUGCAGUAUUUGGAGUAGAGGACUGCUUGAUCGCCAGUCAAUCCAAACAAGCACACAGGGUGUUUUAUUUAAAGGUAAGUACAUUUCAAUGAUUUUAAUUGUCCUUAUGUCUGGAACAAUAAAUAAUUUAUUGCUUGUAAAUGAAAUUAAUGAUAUUGGAUCAUUAAGGAAGAAAAUAGGAUAUGCCACUUAUAAUUUUAACAAUUUGUCCAGUGCCACUAAAAUUUCAGACAGAAAAAAAGACAGCAUCACCUGUGUUCCCUUGCAGAGUUGCACACUAACUGAUUUUUUUAGCUCUAAGUGGUUCUUUAACUAUAACUGCCCCUAAAUUCAUUUUAAAAAGGGAAGGAGGGAAAACAUUCAAAUGGUUCAUUUUUCCCUUGCACAAUACCAGAAAAUGCCGUUUUUGUUUCGUAUCUUGUAGCUUGGACUUUAAGGUAGCAUGGCUCUUGCUGUAAUUUCAUUUAUUCUCAAACUGACAGCAGUUUACAGCUGAUGAAUGUUACACAUCUUAGUAGACUAGCGUAUCCAUUCGGGGAGAGGGGACGGGUCUCAGUUUAAGAAAAAAGAAAAGAAAAGUAAUCUUGAAAAAAAAAAAAAGAUUCAAAAAAAGUCAACCUGGAAUGGCGUUGACAUUUGUAGUGUACUACCGUAUCCAUUUAAACUUGAAUCUCGAGGCAAGUGCUAGGCAAUGGCCAAACCAUAAUAUCCCCCAUUCAUUAGUGGAAAAUCCCACCCUAAAACUGCACACGCUUCUGAUAUUUCUGUCCAAAACAUGCAGUCUUCAUUUUGUUUAUACUCAAUUCGCUGGUUUCACUUCGCUGUACUCCCGGUCACUCUCGACUGACCUUGAAGGCUCCUGGAAUGUUGUAGAGCAUUUUUAGCCCCAGAAAAUAAAAAGUGAGAGAGAGAAAGAGAGGCUUAAUCACAGUGGUGCUAAUGGUUUUAAGCCAGACUAUGUGCCCUUAUCUCUAAGAGAUACUGGAUAACAGUCACAGUGACCACAAAGUUAGUCUCUGAGGCCACAAAGUGACUCGCCAACACUUUAUAUUUAUAGUUUUGGCUCCUCUGGUUACAAGAUAUAAAUAUGAAAACGGUUCAGGUUCAGAAAUGUCAACUGAACUUGUCAAGGUGACAGAAAUAACACAAGUUCUCACAUGAGGUCAUGUUUUAGGGUGAAUUUCCCUUCAAACCAUCUCAGCCGCAUUCAUUGCUAAAUAUACCAACAGUUGCAAUAUAUAUAUAUAUCUGUGUGUGUGUGUGUGUGUGUGUAUGUGUCCAUGGGAAUAUAUAUGUAUAUAUAUAUAUAUAUAUAUAUUUGCAAUUUUCACCCAUUUUGACUUUGUGUGAAAAUACUCGCCUGGAGACCUCAGCUGUAUACAAAAUAUUCCUCGUGCAUUUAAUCAAAACAUGGUCACUAGCUGACGUUCAAAGACAUGAUUUCACUCCCUCCACCUCCACCCGCCAGCGUUUGGACGGAGCAGAACGCACACACCCAAAAGGGGGAGCGGGGUGGAGCCCAGACGCCCCCUUUCAGAGCGCCCGGCCGGCAGUGAGAGGCUCUGCUGUGCUUCCAUGUCUCCGCAGGCCGAGCACAGAGCCGCGCUCGCUGCCGCCGGCCCAUUCCUAACACUUGCCCCUGUUUUUUUAUGUUAACCGACUUUUUAUGGCGAGAGACAGACAGACUUGACUGACAUCUGAAAGCAUCUUUCAGGUUAUCAUAUGGCUUUGCUCAAGCCCUAUUGUAAAAUAUUCUGAAAUAAUAAUGGUGAUAAUAAUGGAUGGGGGUCUCUCACAUAUCAAAUGUGGAAAGUCUAAUUUUAUAUUUGUAUUUUCAAAUAAUAAUAUUGACAAAAAAAAAUGUCUGUGAAAGGUUUCCAUCCUCUACUGUGGUCCAGAAAUUGAUGUCUGUCUGGAAAAAUAACUAAAAUAAACUGAAUUGUUAUAUUA